AUGGGGAAAACAAGCGAUGCUGCCAGUCUUAUAGUAGCAACAACUUUUGGAGUUGUAUUUGGUUAUUUUAUUGGUAUUUCACUUCCGUCAGCUUCCCUUACAAUGAUUCACGCACCUUCAGGCCUUGUCCACUCCACUGAUCAACACAGUAGAAGCAAAAAUACUCUUGGUGCAAGCAGUGUUCCGAAGAUUGAUGUUCCAACAAAUCCUCGCGGUGCAGAGUCAUUACCUCCGGGAAUAGUUGUGUCAGAAUCUGAUUUUUACCUGCGCAGGUUAUGGGGUGAACCUAGUGAGGAUCUGAAGAAGAAGCCUAAGUACUUAGUAACAUUUACAGUUGGUUAUGAUCAGAGGAAUAACAUUGAUGCAGCUGUUAAAAAGUUUUCUGAAAAUUUCACAAUUUUGCUCUUUCACUAUGAUGGUCGGGCAAGUGAAUGGGACCAAUUUGAGUGGUCAACAAGGGCAAUCCAUGUCAGUGUAAGAAGACAAACAAAAUGGUGGUACGCAAAGAGGUUUUUGCAUCCUGAUAUUGUUGCUGCUUAUGAAUAUAUUUUCAUAUGGGAUGAAGAUCUAGGAGUGGAGAAUUUUAAUGCAGAGAAGUACAUUGAGUUGGUUAAAAAACAUGGUUUGGAGAUCUCUCAACCCGCUCUUGAUCCCAAAAAUGGAUAUGCAUGGCCGAUGACAAAGAGGAGAUAUGACAGAGAAGUUCACAAGGAUGCAGAGAAGAAACCAAAGUGGUGUAAGGACCCACUUUCGCCUCCAUGUGCUGCCUUUGUGGAAAUCAUGGCCCCGGUGUUUUCUCCAGAGGCUUGGCGUUGUGUGUGGCAUAUGAUUCAGAAUGAUUUGGUGCAUGGAUGGGGACUGGAUUUCUCUCUUGGAAGAUGUGUAGAGCCUGCGCAUGAAAAAAUUGGAGUGGUUGAUUCACAAUGGAUUAUUCAUCAAUCAAUUCCAUCCCUUGGGAACCAGGGAGAGUCACAGAAUGGGGUAGCUCCCUGGGUUGGGGUGAAGGCAAGGUGCUUAAAGGAGUGGUCUAUGUUCGUGAAACGUCUCGCCAAUGCUGACCGGGCAUACUUUUCUCAGGCUAGUAAGGAGUGACUCUUGCAUCGAUCCUUGCCAUCCUUCUCCCAGAGUUAGCCUUGAGGGAUGUGUUAUAUAUAUAAAGUUGUCCUCUCUGUGGGCAUGUGAUGAAAUUGGCAGGAUAUGCAGUCACAGAUGUAUGGAAGAAAUCUUUUGCUUUUCUCUUAAUAUGCAGUCCCUUCUGGUUAAUAUUUUUAUUCUUCUUUAAUUUUUUCCCCCUCUCUUUUUUACUUUUUACUUGCUUACGAUAUCUGUAAAAAUUUUAAUUUCCUGCUUAGAAGCGUGGUUUCCUCUGGAAAAUUCUUACCUACACAAGCACAAAACUACUGUCUCUUUCUAGUUGUUCUAGUGAGAGUAAUUUCUCUCCUUUUGUAGAGUCUUCUUAGGGUCCUUUUUCUUCGCCUUUUGCAACUACCUGUGGCUGUCACCUGCCCCUUCCUGGCAGGGGACGUCUCCUCCCUAGCCCAAAUAUUGGUUUCGCUUUCCCCAUCUCUAGGUUGGACUGUAUAUGCUCGUUUAAUUGUGUCAACUUAAGUUGCAAGUUUGGCGGUACUUUGAGAGAGCUCCUCUUUAACUUGCCCUUUUCCGCUGGGUAUGAAAUCUGUGCUUCAUCUUAACGUGGGCUAUGGAGGGUUUGUUAGUUUUUUCUGUGAAUGGCAUCUCUAGGACCACUUGGCUAACUGACCACUGCUUGUCCGGUAGCCGACCCUCAAGGCGAGUGCAACGCAGUGAGCUUUGUCGUGUAUCACCACUCCAAAGGCUGCCAUUUUUCUCUGCUUCAUGGGCUAUGAAGGUCAAGAACUAGACGGGGAGAAGUCUAGCUUUGGGUAUCACUAUUUUCCUGGACCACGACUUGGACUCUUAAGCAAGUUGCCAUUUUCAUACUCCAGUUUUUGGCCCUGCUUGUUUCACAGCUGAAUAUGCAUGGCCCUGGCCUUCACUCAGGAGUUGGUCUUCUCAACUUUCUUUUCCUUAUUUCUUGGGUUUUCUAUUUUGUGGGCCUAUGAGCUUUUGUGUGGGCUUUAGUUUUCUAGGCAUUUUCACAGCCCUUUUAGUAUAACAUUCUAAAGCUUGUCUUUUUAUGAUCAAUGAAACUAAUGAAAUUCUCUAUGC